CACCCUGUUACCUGCUGCAAGUGCAACCUCAACUGAUCAUCAUAACAAGAUGGCUUCAUGUCUUCAUUUCAUUGUGGUCCUCUGUUUGACCAGUGGACUGUGGAGUGGAGCAAAUGCACAGAAAGAAGAAAAUCCAUGCUGACCCAUGUAAGACCUGCCCUUCUGGAUGGACUCCGUUUGAAGAUCACUGUUACAUGUACAAGCAUGCUGCUAAGACCUGGGCUGAUGCAGAGGUGGACUGCAUUGCCCUUGGUGGAAAUCUGGCUUCAAUCCCCAACCAAGAGGUGUACACAUUUAUCAGAAAGAUCAUAAACACAGCGACUAACGCAAAUGAACAGACUUGGAUUGGAGGCAAUGACUUGGCAAAGGAGGGCGUGUGGAUGUGGAGUGAUGGUACCAAGUUUGUCGCCAAAAACUGGUCUCCCGGCCAACCCGACAAUAAAGGGUCUCGAAACUGCUUGUGAUGAACUUCGGUAUGCACUAAUAAUCUGU